AUGUACCGCAACACCGCCGCCCGCUCGGUCUUCCGAGCAGUCUCAAGCUCCAAUGCCUCUGUGGCUCGCUCGGCUCUGGGCAACCAGAUGUUCAAGGCCCAACUGACCUCGUCCGCUCGCGCCAUCCGCCCGACCGUGAAGCCCAGCUUCGCCCUCGCCGCGCACAAGCCCGUCACCACCGCCCUGGUGCGCUAUGCGUCCUCCUCUGCUAAGGAUGACGAGGAAGUCGAUAUGAUGGCUGGCAUGAAGUCCGAGGCGAAAGUCAUUAAGGAUACCUUCAGCCUGGCGGAGGUCCCCAAGGAGGCUCUCGCCAUCGGUAUGGCCGGUGUCGUCCCCUACCUGGUCACCUCCAUGGAGACUGUCUACCUCUCCUAUGAGAUCAACCGCGCUGCGGUCGCGGGUGACGGUCUGCUCUUCUCUGGCCAGACCGCGGAGCUGAUGCUGCACAUGCUGGAGCCCAUCCAGGUUGGCUACGGCGCUGUGAUCCUCUCCUUCCUCGGUGCCAUCCACUGGGGUCUCGAAUGGGCCGGCUACGGUGGCAAGUAUGGCUACCGCCGCUACGCCGCCGGUGUCCUGGCUCCCGCUGUGGCCUGGCCGACGCUGCUGCUCCCCGUCGAGUACGCGCUGAUCAGCCAGUUCCUCGCCUUCACCUUCCUGUACUACAAUGACGCCCGCGCCGCCGCCGCCGGCCGUGCGCCGCACUGGUACGGCAUGUACCGCUUCGUGCUGACCUUUGUGGUGGGUGCCAGCAUCGUGGCCACCCUCAUCGGGCGCGAGCAGAUCCAGCAGACCAUCAGCUCGGAGCACACGAUCAAGGACAAGAUCAACGCCCUGAUCUUCCUGCAGAAGAAGGAGAAGGAGGAGGCCGAUGCCCGCCGCCGGGCUGAGCUGGGCCAGGAGGAGGAGUCCGAGUAG